AUGUUCACAAAUAAGUUUAGUGUAUUGUCUACUAGUGAUGAUACUCUUGAUAGGGAUAGCGAAGUCAACAAUGUCAACUACAACAACAACAACAACACAAUGUCAUAUUCACAACCUGCUCUGAAGAGGAAGGCUAGUAGUCCAUCAUCAUCACCAAGCAAGGCAAGCACAACAAGCACAACAAGCACAAGCACGACAAGUCAAUCACCUACAAAGAAGAAGACAGCAGACUCGAACAGAGUAGUAACAGAGAGCGACAGUAGUAGCAGGUGUGAGAUUGAAUUGAUAGCGCAUAAUAAGAAACAGUUGAAUGCAAAGGAUAUACAACACUUUAUGUUGUGGACAUUGUCUGACUCGCCUGGACAGGUGCCCACUCCAGGUUGGGUAACAAUCAAGAACAAACAUCUGUUGGACAAGGUGGUGAUGGUGUCAGUGCCCAGCAUCAGCUUGGACCUCUUUCAAAAGGUCUGUGACAUUACACACCGAUCAUGGUUCCAUGACAAGCUGCCACACACCGUCACCAUGUCCAUCAUGGGUAACGGCCAGUCUCAGCCGCCGCAUCCAUCAAUCUAUAAUCCUUUGCUCAAUGUCAAGUUGUCAAAGCACCAUUCGCAACAAGGUGGCUCACCUAAGAGUAGGAUUCAAUGA